CGGAUCUCCGCCUUCUCUAGCCCUGUUGCCUAUCCCGUCCGGCGGAUCUCCGCCUUCUCUCGCCCUAUGGCCUGUCCCAUCCGACGGAUCUCUGCCUUCUCUCAUCCUGUUGCCUGUCCCGUCCGACAGCUUUCCACCUUCUCUUGCCCUGUUGCUUGUCCCGUCCGACAUCCCGUCCGCCUUCUCCCGUACGCUUCACCUUCUCUCGCCCUGUUGCCUGUCCCGUCCGCCUUCUCCCGUCCGAUAGGUGCGAACGGGUGCGGGCGGGCGAGCGGAGAAGGGCGCGUGCGGGAGCGGCACACGGGAGCAAGCCGGGGCGCGAGCGGGCGCCCGGAGAGGGUCGGUCGCAGGGGGCAGCAGGUGCAAGCGCAGGCGUGCGAGGGCGCAAGCGGGUGCCGGGCGCGGGUCGCUCACAGCGGGCUGCACGUGCGGGCAUGCCCGGGCGCCAGGCGCGGGUCGCUCGCAGGGGGCAGCAUGUGCGGGCGGGGCGCGGGCGGGCAGCUCUCCCUCUCCCUCUUCCCCCACCCCUCUCCGGAGAAAUAUCGAGUUAACAAACAACUAAGAGUGAUUGUUUUUAGUGUCACCCUUUCCUCAUUCUCUGUCUCUUGCACUCCCAAGUGUUUGAUGAAUUGCCUCUGCAGUGGUGAAGUUGCCUUGGUCUGAACUUAUUAUCUGGAGGAUUAUGGCUUUAUCUUUCAUAGCCGAAUCGGUGGCGUCGGCGAUCAUCGAGGCGUGCCCGGCGGCUGGCGGCAUGCAGCGACCUUGUGAUCCGAGGCUAAGCACCUGAAGCACUUCUCCUUGGUGUUCCGAUACACUAGCCUCUGAUGGCUCCGGGUCGCUGAUCUAAAGCCGAGGUAUGAGUUGCGUUGAAGUGUUUGCUGGGAUGCCUUUCACAGUAGCACCUCCUUAUAAGUCCCCGCUAACUUGGGAUUUAAGGCCCGCGGCUUCUGAUUUGUUGGAGCUCACCCAUCUAGAUUGGCUGACAAGCUCCCUCGUCUUAGCUCCUGGAUCUUCAGCAUUAACUUCAUAGAUCAUCUCCCUCGCCUUACCUCUUGGGGCUUUAGCAUAUACUCCGCCGCUCUGAUCACCGCUGUAGGCCUUACCACUCCCAGCUUUGGUCACUUCCUCUUCAUAAGUGUCGCAUUUGAUGUUUACUAGCUGUCCACCAACCUCGUCAGCCCACACUACUCUUUUCACCACCCUCUUUCUCCCUCCCUCGCUGCUCGCUCCUCUCCUUGAACACUCCAUGUUUAGAUGAAAUGUUCAUAGGUAACAAGCUAAUAGAAUAAACUCACAUGUGGCUUUAUAAAUUCAAGCAAAAAAAAUCAGAUAUUUAAAGGUAACCAGUUCCUUCUGCUGAUCAUAUAGCUUUCCUAUUGCAAUAUGGUAGGGCCCAAUGAGGCAAUGCUGAUUGAAAAGGUUAGAAACAAAGAAACAUGUCUGAUAUGAAAACAAUCAUAAAUUUAAAGGUAACCACAACAAAAUUCUAUUACAAUUGCUAACACACUGUUUUCUCCAACAUAUGAUAUACUUUAGAUGGAUAUACUGAAUACAGUGGUUCAAGAUGCAUAAUUUAUCUUAUAAAUGUGUUUAGUAUCAUUCUCAAACAGAUUAUUGGAUGUACAAGGACAACUUGAUAUAAUAACAUAAGAAGCAAUGGCAACAAUUAGAAGAAAUUAAAAAGUCAUCUUGUGGAUGGUCUCUGCCAAAUGGUGCUCCAUUACAAGGCAAGCUUCAAAAGGGAAUUGAUUUACAUAUUGAUGGUCGUUUAGUCCAAGAGCAUUCCGCACUUCUUGAUCCACUUGCAAACUUAUCGCAGCAAAUAAGAAAUUAACCCGACAAACCAAGUAAAAUUUACUAAAGGACACACACAAAUUUGUCUCUAUUGUCUUCUACAACUUUGUCUUGACUUAUAGAAAUAACUUGUGGCUCUCAAUUGAUCAACAAGGAUGAACCUGUAAUUUAACCUAUCAUACCUGGUAAAAAUGGUUGAGAAAAGCCUAAAUUUAUAAUACGAUAAACUUUUACUUCUUAUUAGCACAUGUCCUCGCACAAAAUGAGGCAAGUAAGCAACCCUUUUUCACCACAUAUUUCAGUAUAAAUCUAUAAAUUACUACAGCAAGAUUCUGUGGGAUGUCAGUUAUGGAAUCGAGGGUGAUUUUGGCAUCUGUAUGCACGGAGGUCCGUCAUCGCUUUGGUGGUCGCGUCUGCCAUAACGAACCGUCCGAAGCCACUCACCAUGGCCGCCACCCUUGCCACCGUCCAGCACUCGAAUGACAAAUUGAUCAAGCGGAUCCAAGCCCGAAACGGUGCUCGGUGUAGAAGUGCAUUCCUAUAUUGUCCCCAAGGGAAGCAGCGGAUCCAAAAUCCAUUGAGUGUGAGCACUUUACAUCAUUGUUUCAAGGUUUUCUACAGAUAAAACUAUGUUCUUUUGCUUUUCCUUUAGCCUGAUUUUCGAAACAAAAAAAUUAUAUGCCGUGGAAUCUGCAAGUCCAUUAUUUGGUUUCUGCAGGUUCCCUAUGUCUUCCUGCUGGCUGUCGACUCUUUGUUGUUCUUCAUAGUUGUGUCCUGUGUAGUUUAUAAUAAUGUUUUGUCCUUUGCAGGGGUACUUUGCUUUUGCCUCUUUUUGUCCCAUACUAUGAUUACCUUCUCUUG